GGUGCGCCUGUUUAAAAAGGAAAUAAAAGGAAAAAGACCACAACUGGGAUUACUAGCUGACAAACAGCCACCAUGGAGCUGCGUCUCUCCGUUUGUGUUCUACUGGUACUUUGCGUGACGAGAGCAAAUGGAGGAAACAUUUUGGUGUGGUACACUGAGGCCAGUCACUGGAUUAACAUGAAGCCGGUGCUGGAAACACUGGUGGACAGGGGACACCAGGUGACGGUUCUGCUCCCGAGCUCUUCAAUGUUCAUGAACAGCAGUGAACCCUCACGCUUUCGCUAUGAACCUUUUAAUGUUUCUGUCCCACUGGAGGUCCUGGAGGAGUUUCUUGAAGAAUUGCUCAGCUUUUCCAUGUAUGAGAUAGAUCACAUGAGCUACUUCCAGGUUUACAUGAGAUACAUGGAGCUCAUGAAGAUUGACCUGGGGUACUCCCUAAAGAUUUUGGAUGGAGUGGUAAAAUCUGAAACCAUCAUGAAGAAGCUGAAAGAAGGAAACUAUGACCUCCUCCUGGCUGAUCCCGUCUACCCUGGCAGUGAAUUAACUGCAGAUAUUUUGGGUAUCCCUCUUGUCUUCUCCUUACGUUUCUCCUUGGCUCAUAACUGGGAGAGAUUGUGUGGUCAGUUACCUGCUCCUCCUUCCUUUGUCCCUGGAGCUAUGAGCAAACUCACAGACAAGAUGGACUUCUCAGAGAGACUGUGGAACUUCCUUUUUUAUGCUGUGCAAGAUAUCGUAAUAGACCACGUUUUGUGGAAAUUGCUAGAUAAAUAUUAUUCUAAAGUUUUAGAUGCCAGUCAUUGGAUUAACAUGAAGCCGGUGCUGGAAACAUUGGUCGACAGGGGACACCAGGUGACGGUUCUGGUCCAGAGCUCUUCAAUGUUCAUGAACAGCAGUGAACCCUCACGCUUUCGCUAUGAACCUUUUAAUGUUUCUGUCCCACUGGAGGUCCUGGAGGAGUUUCUUGAAGAAUUGCUCAGCUUUUCCAUGUAUGAGAUAGAUCACAUGAGCUACUUCCAGGUUUACAUGAGAUACAUGGAGCUCAUGAAGAUUGACCUGGGUUACUCCCUUAAGAUUUUGGAUGGAGUGGUGAAAUCUGAAACCAUCAUGAAGAAGCUGAAAGAAGGAAACUAUGAUGUCCUCCUGGCUGAUCCCAUCUACCCCGGCAGUGAAUUAACUGCAGAUAUUUUGGGUAUCCCUCUUGUCUUCUCCUUACGUUUCUCCUUGGCUCAUAACUGGGAGAGAUUGUGUGGUCAGUUACCUGCUCCUCCUUCCUUUGUCCCUGGAGCUAUGAGCAAACUCGCAGACAAGAUGGACUUCUCAGAGAGACUGUGGAACUUCCUUUUCUAUGCUCUGCAAGAUAUCGUAAUAGACCACGUUUCAUGGAAAGUGCUAGAUAAAUAUUACUCUGAAGUAAAAGGAACACCCACCAGCGCCUGUGAGGUGAUGGGUAGGGCAGACAUCUGGUUAAUGCGAACCUACUGGGACUUUGAUUUCCCUCAUCCUUUCCUUCCCAACUUUAAAUUUGUUGGUGGGAUUCACUGCAGGCCUGCUAAACCCUUGCCAAAGGAUUUGGAAAAAUUUGUGCUGAGUUCUGGAGAUGCUGGCAUCGUGGUUUUCACUUUGGGAUCCAUGAUCAAGAACAUGACCACAGAAAAGGCUAAUAUGAUAGCUUCAGCUCUGGCUCAGAUUCCACAAAAGGUGCUGUGGAGAUACAGUGGGGAAAAACCAGACACUCUGGGUCCCAACACCAGAAUUUUUAACUGGAUCCCUCAGAAUGACCUACUGGGUCACCCUAAGACAAGAGCUUUUAUUACUCAUGGGGGCACAAAUGGGAUUUAUGAGGCCAUCUACCACGGUGUUCCCAUGGUGGGCAUCCCCAUGUUUGCUGACCAGCCAGACAACAUGGUCCAUGUGAAGGCUAAAGGAGCUGCAGUUACUGUGGAUCUCAACUUCAUGACAGCUGAGGACCUCAGAGAUGCAAUCAAUACUGUCAUCAAUGACAAAUCGUACAAAGAAAACGCUGCGCGGCUGUCCAAAAUCCACCAUGACAGACCCAUGAGUCCUCGCGAUGAGGCGGUAUUCUGGAUUGAGUUCACCAUGAGAAACAAAGGAGCAAAGCAUUUGAGAGUCCAAGCCCAUGAGCUCACCUGGUACCAGUAUCACAGCCUGGAUGUUAUAGCCUUCCUCCUGUCCAUCGUUCUGUUCCUCAUGUUCACCCUCAUCAAGACCUGCAGUUUCUGCUUCUACAGGUGCUGUGGCAGCAAAAAGACAAAGAGAAAGGCCGAGUAAUUAACUUAGCUGAGACAUUCGUAGGCAGCUCGUGGGUGAAAACAAUGAUUGUAUUUUCAUGUGAGACUGAUAUUUGUCACAAACCUGAAACUUUCAUUUUGGAUACUGGUAAUUUCUGUUUUCUCCAGGUAGUUAUCUCGAUUAAUCACAGGUGUGUUCAUUUGCAUAAUACAUGAAAAAAAUGGACCAAAAAUUUUACAUCCAGAAAUCAUUUUAUUUACAUAUAGUCACUUCAAAACUAAGAGCUUUGCGUAUUAAUAUGCAUAAAAACAUUUUUUAAAUGUUCCAUUUCCAGUGACCUCUCACAGCAUAAAUUCUACAAGUAUUUUCAGCAGCAUACUUUUUAACAAUUUUAAUGUAUUACAAUUAUAGUUUUAAUGAGA